GCUGUACAUAUGGCUUGCGUCCAGGCUUUCCUGUUCCCAGGGAGAGAAUAAAGCCAUUCAAACCGUCCACAAUUCCUCAAGUGUUUUUCCAUCUACCCACCACUCACCUGACUCCCCUUGGACCUCAGUUAGAAUCUGACAUUUGGCAUCAUGAACAGAUCCUGACAUUUAGAAGCAGUGGUGCCCCUCUUGUGGCAACAUUUGGCUGCAUGUGGUUGGGCCAUCGGCAAAUCCAAGGUCCAAGAGCCUGGAUUAUCUGCGAGACUCCUGGGAGUUAUCUGGUCAGGUUAACAUGCUCCAGCUGCAUUGUGGACUGGGCCCACACCUUUCCUGAGGUGACCAAUGUUUCCAACUGUUGGAUCUGCACCACCCUUCCAGGAGCAGUUGCAGAUGGCUUGCCUUGGCACAAACAUUCAGCAUCUGCAGAGAAAUGGACAUGGCUGGAGACUUUGAUUCCCAUGGCCGACACCUGGAAUGCACCAUGGCAAGCUGCAGACAAAGGAUGCUGCAAGAACCACGGCAUGCCCGCCCCCUGACUGGCCCAUAGCAUUUAUGAUGGGAGGGGCUGGCUAGUAGGGAAACAGGUAGUACCCCCGGCCCGGUGCAUAGAGCGACACUGGGGUAACACCACUGUGGGGUGGGUACCCAGCACAGCCUGUGUAAACAUAACACAUGUCACCACACUGAAGGUAUGGUGGAACAUGCGACCCCACCAAGGUCAGGCCCUGAUGGAUUUUAUGGCCCCUGGGAGUUUAUGGGUCAUUGGGGACAUAGGGUGUCCUUACUUACCAACAGACUGGCCUGGACAUUGUACCUGAGGUUGGCCUUGCGUACCUGGCACUGUUCUCCCUGCUUUGCCCAGAUGCCUGCAUAACUAGGAAGCACCAUGCUCUCAGUUUUUGUGAGUGCAAGGAAGCCCCUGGUGGUUCUACACCUUGGAAGUGACUAUCGCUGGAGUGGGUGUCAGAAGCAGAAGUUACUGCUUUUGCAGAGCACACCGCUCGGGUUCUGAAUCACACCCGAGGGACCCUCCUCCUGUUAAUGGAUGCGGUUGAUCAGAUCAGAAAGAUGGUGUUACAAAACUGAAUGGCCUUAGACAUAGUCACUGCUGCCCAAGGAGGCACCUGUGCCCUUUUAGGAACACAAUAUUGUUCCUUUAUCCCUGACAGUCAGCAGAACACAACAGUAGCCCUUCAAGGGACAUUAAGUUUCUAGGGAGCCUUACUGAUGACCCCCUGCGGAGAUGGAGGGGCAUCCCUAGGCUCUGGCCUGUGCUGGGCCCUAAUAUAAAUAGCAUAACUGGGAUCCUAGUAGCUGUUGCUCUCUGUAUUGUUGUUGUGGGUUAUAGAUUCAAGGCUCUGCCCUAUAGGCACACGUCUCUGCCUGGAGGACACUCUUGGCCUGGGGAGUCUAGGGUAAGGGAGAUGGCUGCACUUUAGUCAGGAAUAGGCUGAGGCAGCCUUCCAAAGCAGCAAAACUCAGUGGGUUUGGAGCACAGGCACACGACCCUGCACAUUAUGUAACCACACCACGUGAGGUGCAUUAGGUGAUCAUACAUAUGAGCUUGUGCUUUGUUCGGAACCACUAUUGUCUAUAAAAGGUAUAAUUACCUUGCUAAAGCUGUACAUAUGGCUCACCCCCAGGCUCUCACAUGCCCACACUCACUCGCACUUAGAGAGUAAAGCCAUGUCAAAACUAUCUACAAUUCCUUGAGUGUUUCUCCAGCUACCCGCCACUCACCCCACCAACUCCCCUCAGACCCCGUUUAGAACUUGACGCCACCCCUUUCCCUGUAAAAGGAGUGCAUUCCUGCCCACUGCCAUGUAGCUUUCCAUGUCCCCAGUGGGAGACCCAUGCAUCCCUGUCCCAUUGGCUUUCAGCUUUGACUGAAGGAACAAAAGCAGACAUGACAGAGGCCACAUCCAAGUAGAAGCUUUAAGAGGCAAGACAAGUGUCCACAGUACUCCUGGUCUUCCUUUCUGCUAUGAGAAUAGCAUAGCCCAUUUAGGAAGCUGUUCCUUCAGCUUGAGUUCCUGAAUGGGAAACUGCUGCUUCAAUCAAUGCAUAGCCUCCCUUUAACAAACCUUGUAGUAGAAA